UGCUGCUUCCCUGCCGUAUCAUGACAUGUCAGCUGGACAGUCCGCGCUGUUCUCAUAACAUGAACAUGUGUUCUGUUUGUUUAUUUAUCUCCUACAACAAUAUUUAAACAUGGAAAAUCCAGCUAUAAACGAAAUGACAACGGCACGGCGUUCAAACUUUGGAGAUAUUGGUGAGUUUUCGAUUUGGACAAACGGCGACAAUUCUAUAUUGUUCUUCACAACCGGUUAUGAGACGGAUUUUGGGCGGACCGAACGGCGUUGCAUGAGGCUGCAUCCCUCGGAAGGGCCCUUCAGCUGAAGCAGCUGAUUGAGGGUGGGGCAUCUGUAAACAUGGUGACAGUCGAUAACAUCACUCCGCUCCAUGACGCCUGCAUCAAUGGCCAGCCGAACUGUGUCCGGCUGCUACUGGAUGCAGGGGCUCAGGUGGACGUGAGGACCAUCCAUGGCAGCACUCCUCUCUGUAACGCGUGUGCAGCAGGAUGCAUGGAGUGUGCAAAGAUGCUGCUGGAACACGGGGCCAAAGUUAACCCCUCCCUCACAGCGCUCACUGCCUCCCCUCUGCAUGAAGCAUGCAUCAAGGGUAAUCCAGACAUAGCGAGACUACUGAUAGCACACGGAGCUUCGCUGGAGGCCUUUGACCUGCAGUUCGGCACCCCGCUGCAUGCGGCCUGUGCCAAGGAGCACCUGGACUGUGCCAGGGUGCUACUCAAAGCAGGUGAGAAUAGGGAAGGAGGCGCCAAAGUGAACGCAGCUAAGUUCCAUGAGACGGCUCUUCACCACGCAGCCAGAGUAGAGAUGGUGGACAUGAUCGAAUUACUGGUAGACUUUGGGGCCUGUGUUUAUGUCACAGACAACAGCAACAAAAAGCCCAUAGAUUACACUAAGCCAGGCUCUCUAACUGAACAUUGCUUGCAGUAUUAUGAAAGUACUCCUCUGAGUCUACAGCAGCUGAGCAGAGUGGCUCUAAGGACAUUGCUGGGCACCAAAGCACUGGAGAUCGUGGGUCAACUGGACAUAUCUCAACGCACCGUCAACUACAUUCUCUAUGAGACAUAAGUUGCUCCAGUUGUUUCAUGAAAGUAGUCAUUUUUGGGAAGUUAGUUUAACCUAGUUUUUGCAUUCUGUUCCUAUUAAACAUAUAAUCCACAGCAGGGACACAAUGGCACUUUCUUCCCCAUGACCAUUGUACUUGUAUUGUUGAUAAGGGCUGUUGGACAGUGUGGUACUAAAAUAAAUAAUUUUCACACUUACAUCCAAAGGA